AUGCAUUUUCGGUUACUUCAUUACCAUGCGCAUCUGGGUCCUGGGGUUCGGAUAUCGAACCGGCGUUCUGCCUGUGCACCAAGUAGUAAUUCAUAUAUAAGGACGAAGUCACCUUCGUUUCAGUCAGCGCAUUCAUUGAUCCUUCCCAGCAUUGACUAGAACCACUCUAUUCAGGAACCACUCUUUUCAUCGGCGAACAUGGCGUUUAUUCUUCGUGGUCUGUUCGGUGUUGGCCAGUCCAACCAGAAGCCUUCCUCAUCUUCUCGACGUUCGCAACCUCCCCACCCCUCCCGGUCCUAUGUCUUCAUCCCGUCUCCCAGCGCUCCACCGUCCGCUGUCGGCCCUAUUAGUAUGAAGCAUAGUAACAGUUACGAUGCACCGAGGACGACUAAACCCUCGCCUUCACGAUAUCAUGCGGAGGAGUCUACAGCACUACCUUCUCGUUCACAGUCUUACCAACAGCAGGGCCAACUUCAUCGGCCCACCUUCCAUCGAAGCACGAGCUAUAAAUAUGACAGUCAAGUACAAUAUCCCAUUUACACCCCCACUACAGGUCGCUCUAGUAGCGACUCCGGUACAACUUCAGCAUCUUCUCAUGGUCAUGGCCGGCCCAUUCCUCCGCGGACGUCGAGUGUCACCACCGUCAACCCGCCCCCGCGUCGACCAGUGCUGAAGCAUAAUUAUACCUGGGAUGCAGGAUCGAAGCCUGUUGUCCAGUAUCCCCGUCCUCAUGUCUCUUUCCUUAACCCUAACUGUCGCGAAUCUAUCCACAUGCACCCACUUCUUGCCUCGAGCCGUUUCCACAACGCUCCGAUAUCUUACGACGUGACCUUCCCCCCUUCGUCGCGUUAUGUCGUAGACCGCAAUACGCGGACAGCAGUUCCUGCUCAUACUCUCGCACAGCCUGCCACCGAUCCACCUACUUUCACCAAACUGGUGAUGAGAUGCGAUAAAUUCCCCUGGCCUGUCGUAGUCUCGCCCUCUUCGAAGGUGGGAAAGUUCUACAUCGGUAAUGCUCCUAUGAUGCCCGCCGAGACGCUGCCGAUCUCGAAUAUCGAUUUACUUCAUGCGUUGCACAGCACGUUGUCCAUCAGGGUGACGCACGAGGAGUGGGAUGCGUUAGGCAGUGGUUCUCCCGCGCAGCGAAGGGUUUCAAGAGCUUAUGAGAGACGCUGCUUGAAAAUGGGUGGUGGCUGGGAGGGGGGCGUGAGAAGGAUAGACUGGCUUGGGCAUAAAGUUCAGUUGAUCGGCAUCGAAGUCGACCGAAACGCUUCUGCAGGCGGCAUUGCGAAGCUCAUCUUCGGAUCCUCUUGACCGUCUGACCAUGGCUCAUGACGAGAUCGUGGAUUCUUCCUUUCUUCUGCUGGCGAAAAAACACAGCAAAACACGCAUGCGGCGCCAUGCUCUGGUCGUUCUGACGACACCACGGGACAAUUGUAUACUUGAAUUCAUCCUUGUAGAGCUUACCCACGUUCUCUUUGUAUGUAGUAGUCAUGUUUGGAUCGGCAAAAAUUAAUGAGUCUGUC